AACGUAAUUAACAUCAAUUCUGAUUUUGAAUUUUUUGGUACUAGUUCUUAACUGAAUCUCUGAGAAUUUUACCUAUUACUCGAUAAAUGAAAAACAUUCAAAUCGGUACUUAAUUUUCUGUGAAAUUAUUCUAUGACUAUAUUGUAAAAUCGAAGAAAUAGGUUGUGAAAAAUAAACAAUUCCAAUAAACCCAGGAAAAAUGAAAAUUGUAUGAUUUUCAUUUGCACCAUGGCUAAUGAUAGAGAAGUCCUCAGGGAGAUUUGGGAGGGAAAGCUUCCUGUUUGUUUCAUAUUAGAUCCGGACGAAGUAGUCGAACUGCAGCAGCCAGAUCCCUUUUACUUGAUGGUCCCUAGAGUUAGUUAUUUUCCUUUGGUUAUUGAUAAAGUGCGUAAACAUUUUCUUAGUUAUGUUAUUAGUGAUAAAAUGGAUCAGGUUAUGUGGUUGGAAUUUAAUGGUCAACCUUUAAAAUGGCAUUAUCCUAUUGGUGUUUUAUUCGAUAUGCUUGCAAAGACUGAAGAUCUACCAUGGACUCUAACAGCACAUUUUGAAAAAUUUCCAGAAGAACAAAUUUAUAGUUUCACAAAUAAAGAGUCCGUUGAGUCAUAUUUCAUGUCAUGUCUUAAAGAGGCAGAUGUAUUGAAAUUUAAAGGGCAAAUAGUCAGUAGUAUGCAGAUUAAAGAUCAUAACCAAAUAUGGAUGGGACUUUUAAAUGAUAAGUUUGAUCAGUUUUGGGCUGUGAACAGAAAACUCAUGGAAGUCACAUCAGAGUGUGAACAUUUUAGACACAUUCCUUUUAGAUGUUAUAUAGAUGAUGGAUAUAGACAAAUGCUAGUGAAACCAAUUUCUGAAGAUGGACAACGUAAAACACUUAAAGAUCUGCUGCAGGAGGUGUUUCCGGGCAAAGAAACAAAAGUGAAAACCCAUGGUAUUUGUCCUCCACUAGAUACCCCAUUACAAUGGAUGUCAGAACACCUGAGUUAUCCAGACAACUUUCUCCAUUUAAGUGUCGAAGCUUCGUGAAUACUCAAUAGUUUUGUAUUUAUUUUCUUAUAAAUUACAUAUGAAUUUAUUUUGUUAAAAAUUGUGAUUUGCUUUAUUGUCAUUGAUGUACCCAUGUAUUGAUGGAAAUAAAAUGUAUAAAAUUUAA